AUGAUCACAGCACCCAGUGAUAGCACCGACACCCGUGCCCAUACCAGCAAUAACAACACCGCAGACAACUUUCAUUUCAAACCCCACACCACUAUCACUGUCGGAGACAGUGACUCUGCACGACAGCAACAGGAGAACCCACAGGACAAGAACAUCGAGAACAAUAAGGGUGAACUGGAAACAACAAGGGGGCUCUCUCUCUCUCUCUCGUGUGUGUGUGUGUGUGUGUGCGUGUGUGUGUGUGUAGCUCUCAGUAAGCUGAGUGUGUGUUCAAAUCAGGUGGAGGUUGUUCACUCGGGCGUGGUGUGUGACCUCAGCGCGCUGAUCCUGUUCAGCACACAUGCGUUUCCUAUCAGGAUGAAGAUUCUUCUGGACCGGCUCUUCAGUGUCCUCACACACCAACAUGUCCUCGACGUCCUACACACACAUGGCUGGACACUGCAUGAUUACAUCCGAGGAUACAAGCUGCAGGACUCAUCAGGGAAGGUUUUGGAUCGCUGGCUGAUCAUGACACCUGAAGACGAACUUGUGACGCUGCGUCAGUUUUUACGUUUCGGUGAAACUAAAUCCAGCGCAGAACUGAUGAUCUCGCAGCGCGAGCAGCUUCCACUUCCAACAAAUGGCUCAGAAACGACAAAACCUAACGGCUUUUUCAACACAAGUCAUAAUCUAAAGAUGAAUGGAAUCAUCAGAGGUCAAAGGUCACCCGGAUCGAGCCAUUCAGAAAAUCUUUCAGGAGGUGUAGAGGAGUGUAGCGAGCCACCAUCAUCACUUCUUCUCGAGUUUCCAUCGGAAUUGUGUCAAUUACAGCAAGACCCAAAGACAAAACCUAGAGAAAACACAGAAUCUGAGGCAGCGAUCGUGACUAAUCCACCAUUACGAGGAGGAGGAGGAGGAGAGAGGAAAACCCCAGGUAAUGAAAAAUUAAACUAAAAAAUGUUUCUUUGUUAGCAAA